AGAAAUGACUUCAUUUAUUAACUUUUAUUUUGAAAUACUCUAACCUGGAGUCUCCAAUUGUUGCCAGCAACACUUGCCAGCUUCACGGAGCUCGUGGACAACACUCCCCUCAACAAUUAAGAAAUGGCGCGAUCAGCUAAGUCAGCGUUGGUGCUGUGCAUGGAUGUGGGCUUUUCCAUGAGCAACUCUGCUCCUGGUCAAGAGGCCCCCUUUGACCAAGCCAAGAUGGUCAUCCAAAGGUUUGUACAGCGCCAGGUGUUUGCGGAGAACAAGGAUGAAAUUGGCUUGGUGCUCUUUGGCACAGAUGAGACAAAAAACUCUCUGGCCAGGGGUGGUCAGUACCAGAACAUUUUUGUGCGCCGAAAUCUGAUGAUACCGGAUUUUGAGCUGCUGGAGGACAUCCAGAACCAGGUGCAGCCUGGGAGCCAGCAGGCCGACUGGUUGAAUGCUCUUGUUGUGUGCAUGGACCUCUUGCAGAAGGAGACAUUGGGUAAGAAGUACGACCGGCUCAACAUCGCCCUCCUGACUGAUCUGUGCUCGCAGACCAGCGCUGACCAGCUGGACGCAAUCAUCGCCAACAUGAAGAGGGCAGGCAUCACCCUACAGUUCUUUGUACCCUUCCCGGUGGACGAUGAGGAAGAGGGGGAGGAGGGUGAUGACGAGGGGGGCGGACGGAGCACAAGGCAGCCCCCCUAUGGGGGAAAAGGUCUGACAAGGGAGCAGCAGAAUGGGGUGGAGUUGGUGCGGAAGAUCAUGACCUCUCUGGACGAUGAGGGGGGCCUGGAUGAGGUCCACACCUUCAGCGACGCCAUCCAGAAGCUCUCCAUCUUCAAACGGAUCGAGAGGAGGCCUAUGGGGUGGCCGUGUCAGCUGACCAUCGGCGAGUCUCUGUCCAUCCGCAUCGUGGGAUACAAAGCGGUGACGGAAGAAAAAAUUAAGAAGACCUGGUCCAUAGUGGACGCUCAGACCCACCAUAAGGAAGACGUGAAAAGAGAGACGGUCUACUGCCUGGAGGACGACAACGAGACGGAGGUGACCAAAGAGGACACCAUCCAGGGGUUCCGUUACGGGAGCGACAUCGUGCCCUUCUCCAAGGUGGACCAGGAGCAGAUGAAGUACAAGUCCGAUGGGAAAUGCUUCACGGUGCUGGGCUUUUCCAAGCAGGAACAGAUUAAGAGGUACCAGUUCAUGGGCUCCCAGGUCAUCAAGGUGUUCGCCCCCAAAGAUGACGAGCACGCGGGCGUAGCUCUGUCGGCGCUGAUCCGGGCGCUGGACCAGCUGAAGAUGGUGGCCAUCGUCCGCUACGCCUACGACCGCAGGAGCAACCCUCAAGUCGGCGCCGCGUUCCCGUGCGUCAAGGAGAAGUACGAGUGUCUCAUGUAUGUCCAGCUGCCCUUUGUUGAGGAUCUCCGACAGUUUGUCUUCCCUUCUCUGGAGAACAAGAAAUUUGCACCCACAGAGGAGCAGCUGUCUGCAGUGGACUCUCUCAUCGACUCCAUGAUGCUGGUAGAGGAGACGGAAGAUGGAGACACGGUGGACACCUUUAAGGUCAACGAGCUCCCCAACCCGCAGUUCCAGAGGCUCUUCCAGUGCCUGCACCAUCGAGCGGUGAACCCCGACACCCCGCUGCCCCCGAUGGCCCCCUGGCUACGGGCGGCUCUGGAGCGCCCCCAGGCGGUGGCGGCGCGCUGCCGGGCUCAGCUGCAGGAGGUGCAGAAGAGGUUCCCCCUCAAGGAGGUCGCUCACAAGAAGGAGCUGAAGACCAGCGUGGACAUUUUCGGGAAAGGCGAGGACGGAGGGCCGGACGCCAAGAGGGCCAAGGAGGACGAGGACGACGAGGAGUACAACCUGAGCAAGAUCUCCGCGGGCGCCACCACGAGCGUGAGCAGCGUCAAUCCAGCCAGGGACUUCUGCACCAUGGUCCGGGAGAAGACCCUCCCCUUCGACCAGGUCUGCCAGCAGCUGAUCCACAGGAUCGAGCAGUUGCUGCCCAAUAAGAGCGUUCCCUACUACAUAAAAUGCCUGGAAUGCGUCCGGGCCUUCAGGGAGCAGUCCGUAAAGCUCGACAACGCGGAGCUGUACAACAGCUACCUGACGUCUCUGAAGAGGAGCGUGCCCAACAGGGGACUGGAGGAGUUCUGGGACCUGCUUGCGCACGAUUCGCUAACACUCAUCAGCACGGACGAGGUUGCAGGAAGUACAGUGUCCAAGCAGGAGGCCAAAGAGUUCAUGGCUGUUAUGAAGCAGGAGGAGGAGGCAAAGGCAGAACCGGAGCCUGGGCCAGAUGAUGUAGAUGACUUGUUGGACAUGAUGUGAAAUUGGUCCGGCUACGUGGGUGGCGCCGGCUUGCCCCGCCCCACGGCGGUGGAAGUGCAAACCAGUCACAAUAUCGUUCUGUCGUUUGCUUUGGGUCCACUUAGUUUGCUCUUAUCUACCAUGGAAACCGUUCAACCAUUGAAACGUAUUUCUUAAAAAAAUGUUUUCUAAAAUUCUCUCUACUUGUAUUUUUGAUUUUUGCUCUUUUUCUUUUGUUUUGAUCAAAGCAGGAUAAAGGUUCAGGCACCACCUAGCAUGUGCUCCUUUUUUGCUUUUGUUUCUUUCUACUAGGUUUCUACUGGUAAAGUUUAUAUAUUAGAGUUUAACGUUAAUAAAUUGGAUAUUUGUCCAGCUGCAAGCCCAAGCCGCAUGGAUGCUGGACAGUGUUAGUUUAUAGUCUGAGUAGUUUGAUGUGUAUUGUAAUGUUAACUUGGCAAGCUAAUACACCAGUUUUCAAGCUUAGCUAGCUAUGUUCACUAGUUCUUCAUCUAACUUGAUUCUACCUACUUGCAGAUAUGAAAGACAGAGUUUGAUGGGGUUUAGCUAAGUAUUACAAGAAAUAACUGCAUAUAGGCAUUAAUGAUCUUCAUGCUGAGGUACGGUACAUUACAUGGCCAAAAGUAUGUGGACACCCCUUCUAAUUAUUGGGUUUGGCUACUUCAGCGACACCCAUUAUCGACAGGUGCAUGACAUUAAGCAUACAGCCAUCCAAUCUCCAUAGACAGACAUUGGAAAUAGAAUGGGUUGUACUGAAGAGCUCAGUAACUUCCAACGUGGCACUGUCAUAGGAUGCCUCCUUUCCAACAAGUCAGUUUGUCAAAAUUUCUGCCCUGGUAGAUCUUCCCCAGUCAACUUUGUGCUGUUAUUGUGAAGUGGAAACGUCUAGGGGCAACAACAGCCCAGCCGUGAAGCGUUAGGCCACACAAGCUCUCAGAAUGGGACCGCCAAGUACUUAAGUACGUAGCACAUAAAAAAUUACAAGUAUAUCUUUAUCCUGUUGACAGGGUUAUGAGGUGGUGAAGCAGCCAUUGAUGUUCUACAAUGAAAAGCUUGAUCUGCAGUCACUCCUGUUCAGUUAAGAGGCGGAGAAGAGUGUGUCUGGUAACCUGACUGCCCCAGAAGUACAUUUUUCACGCCCACACACACGUACAGGAUUGCCAUAUGGAAUUAGAGUUUCAGAGACGCACCAGGUGGUGAUUAGAUUUCCCUUUUCUCUUUUGCGGAUGAUUUUUAUUGAAUCUGAUACUGCGUUUAUGAAUUGCACAUUUAUGUCUCAGGAUAUAAAAUCCAAAAAAUAUAUAAUUUUGCAAUAACUUCUGGUGAAAUAUUUGGGCCAGCUUAGUAGGAUUUUGUUGUAAUGCAAUUGGAGUGGGAAUGUACUGAAGUUUUGUCACUUAAAAAUCACAGUAGGAGAUUGUUCGCUGGAAGGAGUAGAACCAUAGUGUCUGAAGUAACACUGACGCAUUUGGCUUUACAAUGGGUUUGGAAAGAAUGCAUACUGAUGCAAAGUUAAUGCGAAAUAAUUUAAGAUGUUAGAAAGACAUUCAUUUGUUAUUUCGAUGUAAUCAGGAAUCGAAUGGUUAUGUUAUCCAAGAAUCCAAAUGGCCAUUUUAAAUUAUGCCAAUUUCAUGCUUUCAAUUUCAAGUUCAAACAUACAUCACCCCUAGGACACAAUUUCACUAAACUUGUAUGUGGAUAUUUUAUUUCUUCUUUAACAAAAUUAUGUUUUGACAUAACUCUCCAAUCCAAGGUGAGUUGGAGGAACGCUUGCAGUUUGUCGAAUUGUGAACUUUUGAAUUGAAUAAGCAGUUUCAAAAUUUGAAACUUUUGAAGUACGUAGAUUUCAAGAUCUAAAAAAGUUGUCCUGUAGUUGUGGAUAACCGAAUAGUUAAACUGUUUUGUAAGGACAAUGUACGGCACAUGAAGUAAGUGUAUUUUUAGAUGACCAUGAUGGUUUUGGAACAGAAGAGCUGUUUGUGGAUUAUGAGUGAGGCAGAGUUACAGCAGGUCUUAAGAUGGGUUUGAUUUGGACCCUGGCUUUAUUCCUCCACUCCCAGAGCCUGGACUAGUGACACACACAACAUGUGCGGGACAGACGCACUGCCAGUGAACUUGUAAAACACUCUCUCUCUAACUCGGUUAUGUACAUCAUCGACUACAGGCUGAGUCUUCUGAGAUUUCUUUGAUGCUUGUUCAUGCUUAUUUGAUUUACGUUCCUAAAGCAUGUUUUUGUUGCACAGGGUCUGUUUAAAAUACUAGUCUCUCACACUAGGAUUUGCCCUAACCAUGGACUUCAAUUGUGUUCGACGCAUACAUCUUAAGCAGUAUAAUUUGGUAUUCUAGGGUUCCCAAAAUGAAAUAUUUGAACAACUGAACAGCACUGUUUUUGCAUAAAGCACAGGAGCUCUAAUUGAGUCACCCAGUGCUAAGGGAUCUGCGUUCACUGUUCCCUUCAAAGAGGACACUUGAGAAAAUCUGUUAUUUUCAGUUACCAAAGGAUUUUUAGUCUCUCUCUCAUAUAUUUCUCAAUACACUAGUGAAAUACUAAAUGGGGUAAGAUAUUGAUAUGACAAUAAAUGUGACACAAUAAGUUCAACACUAUGACAAAACAACACUUUAUUACCACAGAUCAUUUUAUUAAACUUACAACUGGAAUCUGAUGUCAAAAGGACUUGGUCUCACUGUCCAGACGCAUCAGAGAAAAAUAGCCUAAUAUUAUUAUAAAGUUCCAAUUUGCAAGUUGACAAAUUCAAAUUGAUAGUGCUAAGGAAAGUGACUUGUAUUACUGUGGUUACAUUUUGUAAAUCCUUAUUUAAAUGUUGUUUGACAACACUCCAUUACAUUCUAUUGUGUGUGAAUGCACCAGUCUUCAGAAUAGACCAUUAGUGUAACAGUCCCCUUAAUGACCUCAUUAAAAGCUAAGGACGUGACUGGUCUGUUUCAGUGUAUACUUUAAAUCCAUUACUGUUAACUAGUUCAUUUCCUGCCUAAUGGCAACUUUGACUUGAAAAGUGGGUACGGUCUCAAAACUCUCAGCUGAAUCAUCAGCAGCAAAAGGUAUCGGAGCUGUAUAUGAUAUGUCAAAUAUAGUUGUGUGUUCACCUUGCCAAACAGAUUAUGUGCAAUCUAUGAAUGGUUCUUACAAAGAUAUACAGGUAAAACUCAAAAAUUCCCCUACAUUAGCACCUUGAUGAGGAUACAUUAUUCAACUGACUUUCAUAACCCCAGAAAGUCUUUU